GCGGCGGCGGCGGCGGCGGCUGGCGGCUGGUGGCGGGAGCGGCGGCGGCCCCAGGCGGGCUGGAGCGCCGCUGGCCGAGCGCACAGGCCGCGGCCCGCGGAGCCCGCCAUGCCGGCGCGGGUCUGAGGCGCGGCGAGCCAGCGCCGAGGCGAGCGGCGGCCGCGCCGGCCGGGGUUCCCGCAGCGGCCCGGCCUGGGCCCGAUGAGCGGCGGCCUCGGCCUCCGGCGCAGCCCGGAAAUGUCCGGCAAGAUCGAGAAAGCAGACUCUCAGCGUUCCCACCUCUCCUCCUUCACCAUGAAGCUGAUGGACAAAUUCCACUCGCCCAAGAUCAAGAGAACUCCAUCCAAGAAGGGAAAACCAGCGGACGUGUCUAUGAAAAUUCUGGAGAAGCCUGCGAACAAAGAGGCAACAGACAGAUUUCUACCAGAGGGCUACCCUCUCCCCUUGGAUCUGGAGCAGCAGGCAGUAGAGUUUAUGUCCACCAGUGCUGUGGCUUCCAGGUCUCAAAGGCAGAAGAACCUGAGCUGGCUGGAAGAGAAGGAGAAGGAGGUGGUCAGUGCCUUGCGCUACUUUAAGACCAUCGUGGACAAAAUGGCCAUUGACAAGAAGGUGCUGGAGAUGCUUCCAGGGUCCGCCAGCAAAGUGCUGGAGGCCAUCCUGCCGCUGGUGCAGAGCGACCCUCGCAUUCAGCACAGCUCGGCGCUCUCGUCCUGCUACAGCCGAGUAUACCAGAGUCUCGCCAACCUCAUUCGCUGGUCUGACCAGGUGAUGCUGGAAGGUGUGAACUCCGAAGAUAAAGAGAUGGUGACAACGGUGAAGGGGGUCAUCAAGGCUGUGCUGGACGGAGUGAAGGAGCUGGUCAGGCUCACCAUUGAGAAGCAGGGGCACCCAUCUCCAACGAGCCCAGUGAAACCCAGCUCCCCAGCCUGCAAACCUGACGGCCAGUCUGAGCUCCCCCUGACAGAUCGAGAGGUGGAGAUUCUGAACAAGACAACCAGCAUGUCACAGUCAACCGAGCUGCUUCUCGACUCUACUGAUGAAGAGGUGGCGCCCCCCAAACCCCCCUUACCUGGCAUUCGGGUGGUUGAUAACAGCCCUCCGCCAGCCCUGCCCCCGAAGAAAAGACAGUCGGCCCCGUCCCCGACCCGUGUGGCCGUCGUGGCCCCCAUGAGCCGAGCCACCAGCGGCUCCAGUUUGCCUGUUGGAAUUAAUAGGCAGGACUUCGAUGGGGACUGUUAUGCCCAGAGGCGCCUGUCAGGAGGCAGCCACUCCUACGGAGGGGAGUCGCCCCGCCUGUCCCCUUGUAGCAGCAUCGGCAAGCUCAGCAGGUCAGACGAGCAGCUGUCCUCUCUGGACAGGGACAGCGGGCAGUGUUCCCGGAACACAAGCUGUGAAACACUAGAUCAUUAUGAUCCUGACUACGAAUUCCUUCAGCAAGACCUCUCGAAUGCAGACCAGAUACCUCAGCAAGCGGCCUGUAACCUUAGCCCGUUGCCGGAGUCUGUGGGGGAGUCCGGGUCCCCGUUUCUGGGCCACCCUUUCCAGCUGCCUCUUGGCGGCUGCCCCCAGCCCGACGGGCCCCUCGCCUCAGGGCAGCAGACGGACGCACCGCCCGCCCUCCCCGAGAAGAAGCGCAGGAGCGCGGCCUCCCAGACCACGGACAGCUCUGGCUGCAGGGUGUCCUAUGAGCGGCACCCCUCCCAAUACGACAACAUCUCUGAGGACGACCUGCAGAACCCAGCCUUGGUCCAGCCCGUCCCCUUCACGCCCUUUGCUGCUAUUCUCCCCUUCCAGCAAGGAGGUUCCUCAGCCUCGGUUGAAUUUGUGGGUGAUUUCACUGUUCCUGAGUCAACAGGCGACCCAGAAAAGCCACCUCCGCUGCCAGAAAAGAAAAACAAACACAUGCUGGCCUACAUGCAGCUGCUCGAGGACUACUCGGAGCCGCAGCCGUCCAUGUUCUACCAGACGCCGCAGAGCGAACACGUCUACCAGCAGAAGAACAGGCUGCUCAUGGAGGUCUACGGCUUCACCGACUCCUUCAGCAGCGCCGACGCGCCCCCGGAGCUGGCGCCGCCCCCCGCCCUGCCUCCCAAGCAGCGGCAGCUGCAGGCCUCCUAUGCUGCUUCUUCCUUCUCCUCUGUCUCCUACUGUGUCCAGCAAACUAAAGUGGCCUUCACCCCCGAGGACAGCAGUGCCACUCAGGGCCUCAGUGUGUCCGUCUCUAACUCCUUUCUCAGCCGGCACGGCAACUUACCUGUGCCCUCGUGUAAAUCUGUGUUUAGGUCCUACUCCCAGGGUUUCGUGCCUCACAACCAAGCUUCCGCACAGCCUUUCCUCCCGCCUACCUCCUCUUCCUCUCCGCACUUCCCGCCUGUCCACCAGUCUCAGAGCUCGGACUUAGCGGUGCCAACCGUGGCCCGUCCGCCUCCCAGCACCGUGGACGGGCCUCUUUCAUCCUCUCAGGAGAGCGCCUUUCAUGGGAACCCUGUCUGCCUUCCUUCCGAAACCUCUCUCACUGACUCGCCCCAGACGCCUUCGAGUGGAAACGCCAGCGAGGAGGCUGGGGAGGGUGAAUACGUCAGUCUGUGCUCCUCUGGCCAGAGCAGCGAGGAGCUGGCUCACCCUCGGGGAGACUCGCCAGCCGCGAAAGAUGGGCACCCCAGAGAUCCCUCUGCGGUAGGCAGCACCCCCGGGAAGGAAAGCAGAGACGGCGGAGAAAGGGCCUCGAAGUCCCCAGAGGCUGCCGAGUCGGCUCAGUCAGAGGAGGACGCGGACGAGCUGUCCCUCAUCGACCACAACGAAAUCAUGGCCAGGCUGACACUCAAGCAGGAGGGUGAUGACGGGCCCGACGUCCGUGGAGGAUCCGCAGACAUCCUGCUGGUCCACGCCACUGAGACGGACAGGAAAGAUCUGGUGUUGUACUGUGAGGCCUUCCUGACCACCUACAGGACCUUCAUCACACCUGAGGAGCUCAUCAAGAAGCUGCAGUACAGGUACGAGAAGUUCUCUCCCUUUGCUGACACGUUCAAGAAGCGCGUCAGCAAAAACACGUUCUUCGUUCUGGUGCGCGUGGUGGAUGAGCUCUGCCUCGUGGAGCUGACAGAAGAGAUCUUGAAGCUGCUGAUGGAACUGGUCUUCCGCCUGGUAUGCAAUGGGGAGCUCAGCCUGGCCCGCGUGCUCCGGAAGAACAUCCUGGACAAGGUGGACCAGAAGAAGCUGCUCCGGUGCGCCAACUCCGACCAGCCCCUCGCAGCCAGGGGCGUGGCAGCCAGGCCGGGGACGUUGCACGACUUUCACAGCCACGAAAUAGCUGAGCAGCUGACCCUGCUAGAUGCCGAGCUCUUUUAUAAAAUAGAGAUUCCGGAGGUUUUACUUUGGGCAAAGGAGCAGAACGAGGAGAAGAGCCCCAACCUGACUCAGUUCACAGAGCACUUCAACAACAUGUCCUACUGGGUCCGGUCAAUAAUCAUGUUACAGGAGAAGGCCCAGGACAGGGAGCGGCUGCUCCUGAAGUUCAUCAAGAUCAUGAAGCACCUGCGGAAGCUCAACAACUUCAACUCCUACCUGGCUAUCCUCUCUGCACUGGACUCAGCGCCCAUCCGCAGGCUGGAGUGGCAGAAGCAGACCUCAGAGGGCCUGGCCGAGUACUGCACGCUGAUUGACAGCUCGUCCUCCUUCCGCGCCUACCGGGCCGCCCUUGCGGAGGUGGAGCCGCCGUGCAUCCCGUACCUGGGGCUCAUCCUGCAGGAUCUCACCUUCGUGCACCUGGGGAACCCAGACUACAUCGACGGCAAGGUGAACUUUUCCAAGCGGUGGCAGCAGUUCAACAUCCUGGACAGCAUGCGCUGCUUCCAGCAGGCGCAUUAUGACAUCCGGAGAAAUGACGACAUCAUAAACUUCUUCAAUGACUUCAGUGACCACCUGGCCGAGGAGGCCCUAUGGGAACUCUCUCUGAAAAUCAAACCCAGGAACAUAACAAGGAGAAAAACAGACCGGGAAGAGAAGACCUAGGAGCGGGCGCCGUGAGCAAGGAGAACGCCCAAGAGAGGCUCGGAGCACAGCUCCGAGCGCGGAAGGGAUUUUGGACGUGUUAUGGGACAGCAUCAUGCGUCCCAGCCUCAGCCACGGGGCCUGGUGGGGCAGGAGCCUGAGCCCGGGCAGCUUCCUGCCCCCUCCUCCUGCCAGCGGGGCCCACGGCCCCACAGCCCCACGCGGAACCAGCAGGCAGGCCCCACUGCUGAUUGGUGAACUGGCGGUUUUCUCGUUUGGUUUCUGCUUUCCUGUCUGUCUCCCCGCCCCUGCCCCCGCCCGCCCCCCCCUGGGGGCAGACCAGGGGGCGCCGGCAUCUGCACUGCGCCUCGACCUCCAGGGUCCUGGACCUGCUGAAAUGACGCGUGAGUGAGGGCUCAAGGGUCCUGGGCGCGCUGCCCUCCCGGUGACCGUGACGAAGAGGACCUUUCGCUGGGUCGGCAGAGAGCGGGGAGGGGCGGGGCCACUUUUGCCUUCCAGCCCGGUUUCCCGGUUUUUUAAUAUGUGGGGGCGAGCUGCUUGCCUGGCACAGAAAUGUGCGGCGGGGGCCCCUGGGCAGCCUGGGAGCUCUGGCGCCCCUGGCGCGGCGCCAGCUGCUGCUGGGUCCCGGGCAGUGGCUGCAGCGAGGACUUGACCAUCCAAGAAACACGCUCGCCUGAGCUGGGCCCGGACCUCUGGGGUGAGUUAAUCCAGAGAGCGGGGCGUUUCUGUUCCGGGGGGGCCAGCGGCCCCUCCUGUCGCUUGCCAUGUGCCUUAAACUCUGCCUCCCCCCAUCCCCGCCCCGUGGGCCCCCGCCUCGCUCCAUUCUGGUGGGGGAAGGGCGCCUGCUGCUCCUCAGCCUGGCCCCCCAGCGCUGCGGGCCCUGCCCGGGGCCGGCGGCCACCCCUCCGUCGCGGGGCGCGCUCGCGCUUCCCCGGGAGGGUCUUCAGGCCCAGACGCCUUCCGUCCUCUUGUUCACACCACUCUUGCUGCUGAGGUCGACAAUCCGAGGUUGGGUCUGCAGGGCCCCCGCCCCCCACCCCCGGCGGUGCCCGCCGGAG